AUGGUACUCUCAACAAGAAAAAAAAAAAAUCCCCGUAAUACCAUAAAAAGUAAAAUUUUAAAAACUAGAAAAAAGAAAAGAGAUUUCGAUCAAGUAUAUAAAGACUACUUUAACCAACCAGAACUAUCGUACGAUGAAGAUAAAAAAGGAUAUGGACAACAUAAAUGUUUUGCUUGCGAUAUUUAUUUUAUAAAUGAUGACACAAAAAAACAACACGAAAAAUCGAAAAAACAUAAGAGAAGGGUCAAAAUGUUAAAUAAGGAAACUCCCCAUACUUAUCAUGAACGCACACAUAUGAAUAUACAAAUGUAUACACACUUGUAG